AUGUCCACCUACGUCGUGCAGGGCCUGGCCUACUUCGUCACGCACCCGCGGCUGUGGCUCACGACGCUGUGCCCGCUGCUGCUGACGCUCGUGGUGGCCAUCACAUCCGUCGUGGUGCUUUUCUCCGUCGCGCUGGUGCCGCAGGCUGAGGGUCUGGAGGACGCGGGCGUGACCUCGUGGCUCUCGUGGCUGCUGGCCGUCAUGCUGGUGCUCGUGGAGAUCUUCCUGGUCACGCUCAUCUACAACCUCGUCAUCAUGGGCUGCUACCAGGACAAGAUCUUCGAGCAGGUCAUGGUGGCGCGCGGCUUCAAGGACAUGGUGGAGGACGAGGAGCGCCACGCCAGCUGCGCGCGCGCCUGCCGCUCCUGCUGCCGCGUGAGCCUCUGGCUGCGUCUCGUGCUGCUCAUCGUGACGCUGCCGCUCAACCUGAUCCCGAUCAUCGGCUCCAUCAUCUACGCGUGGCUCAACGGCACCAUCCUGGCCUGGGAGUACCAUUUGCUCUACUUCGAGUUCAAGAACUUCUCGUACGGCCAGCAGAAGACCUUCAUCAACGAGCACAAAGUGCAGUACAGCUCCUUUGGCAUGCAGGCGCUCCUCAUGGAGAUGAUCCCCGGCGUCGGCUCGCUCUUCGUCUUCACCAACACGGUGGGGGCCGCGCUGCUCGCUGCGCACUUGGAGGAGGAGGAACGCGAGCGUGGGGCGCUGCAGGGAGGACUCAACAACAACAACAACGCCAACGCGUACAGCAACGGCUACGCGCCGUCCGGAGGCAUCGUUUCGCCGAGUCUCAGCUCAAGCAUGUGGACGUACGUGGCUCAGGGUCUGGCCUACUUCUUGGCGCACCCUGCACUAUGGCGAAUGACCAUUUGCCCCGUGCUCCUGACGGUGGUCGUGGGCAUGACGACGGUCAUUGUGCUGCUGGGAGCCGCCAUGUACCCGCAGGAGCAAGCGCUCUACGACGCUGGAGUGCCCGAGGGACUCGCGUGGGUGAUGGCUAUCAUGCUGUGCCUCGUGGAGAGCUUCGUGAUCGUCAUGGUCUACAGCGUGAUCUGCCUGGCCUGCUACCAAGACAAGGUGUUCGAGUUCGUCAUGCGCCAGCAAGGCCACGAGGAGCUCGUGAGCAACAAGCGCAGGCACGCGUCGUGCCUCCGCAUCUGCACCAGUUGCUGUCGCGUGAGUGUGCUGCUGCGCCUCGGGCUGCUGGUGGUCUCCGUGCCGCUAAACGUCGUGCCCGUGGUGGGCAACGCCACGUACGCGUGGCUCAACGGGCAGCUCGUGGCGUGGGAGUAUCACUUCUUCUACUUCGAGCUCAAGAACUACUCGUUCGAGCAGCAGCAAGCGCUCAUCAACGAGCGCAGCAUGCAGUACACGCUUUUCGGCAUGCAGGCGUUGCUGCUGGAGAUGGUGCCGGGUAUCGGAGCUGUCUUCAUGUUCACCAACACAGUGGGCGCAGCGCUCUUCGCCUCCAGCAUCGAGAGGGAGGAGGCUGCCAAGCAUCCGCAAGUGCCGCAUCAAGAAGAGACCGAGUCGUAUCGCUCGCUUGUGUAG